AUGGCUGCUGUAAUCGAAGCAAACAACCCAAAAGCGACAAUGGACAGCAAAGAGGAAGUGGGAUUCACUUACUACUAUUCCGCUUUCUUACCCGAAAGCCGCGCAUCGGAGUUGCAAGUAGCUUGGCCGGAGCUGCUACCGGCUUUCAAGAAGUGCGGUGUUUCUUCAUUGUCACUGAAUCUGACCGAGUCUGUCUUGAAAGCUUCAAUAACAAGAUUUCAUUGCCAAGAUUACAGGGCUUCUCAUCUUCUUGAACUUUUGGCAACGACUACUGUGCCCCCAUCUCUGGCGAUAGAACUCGCUCUCAACGACGUGAUUGCAUACGAUCUCAUCAAGAUAGGGUUACAAGAAGAUGGAUUUGCUUGGGAAUAUGGGAUCGACAAGAAGCGAUUUUCCGAACGCCGUGAACGUCUGAAGAAGCACUACUUGGAGGCACUUGAAUUUGCUACCGACUGUCAUCUUUAUCUUGGAGCACACACUGUCACUGCUGUGGCUACUGAUUCUGGUUGGCCUGCGUCACUUGGGUUAAACACGGUCAGGAAGUUGGUGGAACAGUGCAUACGCUAUGGACCGGAUUGA